CAUUGACAUUGCGAUGCUUUCAUGUUUACUAAGGCAGGUCAAGAAAAGAAGAAUAAAGGUUUGCUGGACUGGACCAAAGAUGUGGUUAACCAUUACUGGUAUACAGCACAAACUUGUACUACAAAAGAAGACUUUGUUGGGAUGUGGAUUGGUGUAUUACAUCAUGUAGUAAAUGUACACAGUUGGAUAUUGCCAUACAGUUCCAGUAAUAAGUGUGAACAUGGUCCAUUGACAUCUGCUAGAGAGAAGGGAUGGCUAGAAAAAGAUUCCCCAGCUCAUGUUUCCUUAAGGAGUAUUGUUCUGGACAAAAGAUUAUUGAACAACAUCCCAUAUUAUCUGAACUGCAGAAGUACAGCAGAGUUGGAAAACUUCCAGAACCUCAUUUUGAUGUACGCAUCGAAGCGACAUUCAUACACGCCACCUGCUUACCGAUGUCGAAAUCUCUUGGCUGCAUUGGACCAUAAUGGUCACAUUGAUAGAGAAGUUAUGACAAACAAAGAUGGAUCUAUCAGGUACCAGAGAGUUUUUCAGAAGAAAAGUAGUAGAUGGUCAGUCACAACAUGUAAAGAACCAAAACAGUAUUCAUAUGUGCCUGAGAUGAUGCGGAAGAUUAUCCUUAAACGCCUGGAUGAUGCCAUUGGUAUGAACCAGAAGAUGGUUCUAGAGCAGGAUGACCCCAGGAGAGUUUCAUCUCACCUUGCACCAAUCCCCCCACCACCUACUCAACAGAUUGUUCAUGAACAGCGAUCACGAUUUAGAACAAGUGUUGACAUGGACAAAACUAUUGAUUACUGGGUAGAAUGAACUCAUUGUGGACUACUCUGUUCCUGUUAUCUUUAUGAUAGACAUACAUUUUACAUGUCUAUGAUUAGCUAUGAGGCGUGCUUUCAUGUACUUAAAUUGAUAUUCAAUUGAUAGUCAUGUUAUUUAUCAUUGGAUUUUUAAGAGGUUUUCUAUACUUCUUGAUCACAAAGCUCUUCAUAAGGGAAGGUGAUUUUAAGUGGAACUUUCCCAUUUCAUGAGUGUGCUUUAUUUUUUUAUCUAGAUGCACGUUUACAUAAAGUGUACAUGUAGUUUUUUCAAAGAAUAACAGCUUGAGAUCUAGCAAUUUUUCUGCUUUUACAUUUGCAUGUAAUUUUGAAUUAAAUUAGAUAUGUGUUCCAUGUGAACAGUUUUUAUGAUAUACAUGUAGGUGUUUGCUCAACAUAAAAGAAACUUGAAAUUUGAA